CACAGUGAAGGUCCGCAAGUUGGACUUCCUGUGAGGUACUUGGUGCUUGUGGGAUUUUAUCAGUCUGUCAUAUCGGCUGAAGUCAGCAUUUGGGACAGGAAGUGUAGAGGACGUCAGAGUCCAUCAGAGCUGAGCUGCUUUCAGACGACUCCGUCUUGUUGUGAAUGCUGAAGCUGAUCAUGGUUCUCCUGUGGAUGAUCCUGUUGGUGGUUCUGCUCUGUGCAGAGGCCGAGAACGUGACCGAGGUCAGAGGAGAGCUGGGGACCAAUGUCACUCUAACCUGCUCCAAUCAGACAUCAGGCACACACUGGUACAUGGAGAUCUACAGCCAGUUCAGAGCAUGUGUCAGCUGCCAGAUUUCUUCAACACAUUUUACCUACAACUCUCCUGAUUUUGAAACCAAAUUUUCACUCCUGGGAAACAAACUCAUGAUUAAAAACUUCAGUGCAGGAGACUGCAGGCUUUACUUCUGUGGCAUCAACAGAAAUGACAGCAUUCAUUUUGUGGAGACUUUCCGUCUCGUCUCAGUUUUUCUUUCUCCAGAUAUCUUUCCAACCUCUGAGUCAGACCCUCAGCAGCAGAGCAGCUCCAUAUCACAGCAUCACCUCCUCAUCAUAUACCGCUCAGCCUUCCUCAUUACUGCCAUCACCCUUGUCAUACUGGUUGUGGUUUUUACGUCUCUGUGGGUGAAGAGAAAAUCUCUCCAGGUGCGCAGCCCUCGACCUGUGACCAGUUGGAUUGCAGAGACUGUGCAGAGUGCCCAGGAUGAGAUCCACUCCAACCCUCCAUGUCACUGAAGUGUGUUAGCGUACUUGUGUCAUUGACUCAGUGUUUUCAGUUUUGUGCCUUUAUGUGUUCUCAUCUUGGUUUAAUCCUGUGAAGGUUUUGGUUUCUGUUUUGUAUUUCUAAUUUCCCCAGUUCUUCUUGGUGUGAGAUUUUGUAGUUCUUAAGUUUUGGUUUCCAUACUCCCUCUGUUCUGUGUUCAGUCGGUGUUUGUCUGCCCUGGUCUCACGUCCCUCUGUUGCAGUGUCUGCUUGUGAGUCUGUCUGGAAGUUCAGUCGGUGUUUCCUGUUUCCUGUUUCCUGUUAAUGUAUCUGGUUUGGCUUCCCUUGUCUCGUUAGCCCUGAUUUGUCCCAGCCGUGUUUCCCUCCUGGUUCCCAUUCCCUGACUGCUCUCUCUGUGUAUUUAAGCCCUGUGUUUUUCUUUGUCUGUGUUGUGAUCUCCAUCAUCCCUUGC